AUGGAAACAACUUCCCCCAAAGAAGUUCUGCAUCCACUCGAGUUGGCUCAAGAGAGUGAUUCCAGACAGUUUUGUAACAUAUGUCUUGUAGAGAGUUUCAAGUACACGUGUCCGCGUUGUAACAUUCGCUACUGCUCUAUCAACUGUUACAAAUCUGAGCGCCAUCUUCAAUGCUCUGAGCUCUUCUAUAAAGAGUGUGUUAUGAGGGACCUCAAGAACUCGGAGAGAAGUCCUGAAGACAAGCAGAGAAUGAUGGAGCUACUACAGAGAUUUGAGGCUGAGAAUGCGACACAGUUACAAGGGGCGGAAUCAGACACACCCUCUCUGGAGGAGCGACUGGCAGGACUGGACAUUGACUGUACUGAGGGAGAGUUGGUCUGGCAGCGACUCACAGCUCAAGAGAAGAGAGAGUUCAACGAUAUGAUAAAGUCAGGAGCUGCAGGAGACCUACUGGACGCAUAUACACCCUGGUGGGAGGCUUCAUCUAAAGUGACUCCUGUUGAGUCAGACUCGGACAUUACAGUGAGGUCUCGACCAGCCCUACCCACUGAUCUACCACUACUGUCAUCCACAGUCAAGACAGUGUCUCCAUGUGUCAAGUACACUGUACUCAACGUGCUCUAUGCGUACGCCUACACCGUGCGUCUCUUCAACGGAGGUCACUCGGAACUGCCUCUGCAAUCCUCUCAGGCACUCCUCGAGUUGGCUACCUCCCUGUGUCAGAAUGUGGUAUUUAAUAGCGUACGAGAAGCUACUGGAUCAGCCAUCUCCCUUGCACAUCAGAAUCAUGACUUGUUCAACUCCAAAGAAUUUUCUUUGUUUGUGCUCCAAGACGUCCUCUCCAUUGUCAGUGAUCAAAGUUCACAUGACUGUCAUGUGAUACGAGCCCUGUCAGACGUGCACACCCUCUUCAAACUGGCCCACAGAGUCGUAAAAUCGAGCAAAAGUGGUGAUGGUGGAGAGACUAAGAAUGUUUGGCAAGCACGAAAGAAAGCUUUUUUCUUGCUAGUCUGGACCUCUGAGAAUGUGGAUGCGAUGCUUGGACUGAAGCCGUUGCUAGGGCUGCAAUUAGGAGAACUACAAAGAGAGUUAAUUUCAUGUGAGGAGCCCGCCAAGUCAUGUGACAGUCAUGUGAAGACUCUUGCUGCUGAGCAUACACACAAACUUAUCGAAGAACUCUAGAAUAAUUAUAAUUACACUUAAUCACAGCAUCAAAAAUAUUAAUGGGGUCAUGUGCAAACUGUCACUAUCAAAAAUGAAUGAAUCUGUAGAAAGUGCAUUAAAAAGUUAUGUAAACUG